AUGCAGCAAUCUUGGGAUCGGACGAGUAGCACUGACAGUCUCAAGAAAGGCCAUACAAAAAUGCUGGGAAAAGGACAAAGUGGCGGAUAUCCACCUGAGACAUCGGGUGAACUCUUGCAGAGCCUCAGUCUGGUACCUGUGGACAACACCGAUAAGAAAGGCCUCCAGGUGGGUGCUCAAUUUCCAGGCUGUGUGCCCACGGGGCCCCAGCAGCAUAACCAGCAGCUCCUCCUGACUCCAGCCAGCCUCCAACUCGCUCAGCUCCAGGCUCAGCUCACCCUCCAGCGCCUUAAACUGGCUCAGGGGGGGAAUACUGCCACUGCCGCCGCUCUUCUCAAUCAGGUUCUCUCCAAUGUCGCCAUGUCCCAACCGCUUUUCAAUCAGCUAAGGACUUCAGCCAUGGUUGGGAAUCAGCAGGGUGCCUUCCCCACAGGGGUUCUAGGUUUCCCCUCUUCAAAUUCAGCCUUGGGGGCCUUGGUGACUGGGGGGUUCCACCAAAAUCCAGAGAGACUGAACCAUCCUGGUGGCGGGGGGCCAGUGGGCCAGCAGGGUGUGGAGUACGGCAAAAAGACAGGGUCAGCUUACCCAUCUGAUACUGACAGGCGUCUUCAGUAUAACCAAGUCGGAGGGACGUCUGUAGCAUCAGCCCCUGCUGGUGAUGGACAGUUCACAGUGAUUAACACUCAGGCUAAAAACAUGAACAAUGCAGGUUUUCAGAGCGAUUUCUAUAGGCAGGAUAUGCAUGGACAACAAGCUGCUUUUAGUGUCAAUGAUCAGAACAUGCAUGCUUAUAACUCCACUGGGCAUAAGGAGCAAUGGAAAAGCCCUGCUGGCUUUAAUCACACUGGAAAGGUGGAUAUGGUUUCCAAUGCCACCAACAUGUGGACAUCAGCCGGGCAGCCGAUUCGCCACCGAACUGAACUGUACAACCCAGAGGAGCCAACCUCUGACCCCAAGUUCAAUCACCCUAGUGGGGUUUCCUCUCUGGCUUCAAGUGGCGUGCAGGGAUUUGGGGGCUACCAGACCCUGCAGGGAAACGAAGAAACGCUGUCCUCCGGUACCAGGAAACUUCAACCUUAUCAGGUCAAUGACUACCACGCAGUCACGCCCACUCAGCUGCCACAUCAGUGUAGCAUCUGUGACAAGAAGGUCUACAACCUUAAGGACUGGGACCAGCACGUGAAGGGAAAACUACACCUGCAGAAUCGAACAUUGUACUCAAAUGAAUGCUCAACUGUGGCAUCAGCUGGAGCUGUUCACUACGCUGCCGGCAGGCCUUCUGAUGGAGCUCUGAACCCCGGAGGGACGAACUCCAUGGUCUACUCUGCCCCCAGUCAAGAUGUAUCCUCAGGAGCCAGUGCUUCAUACUUGCCAGCUGCAGCCAUGACGACUUAUCCCAUGUCAGACUCAGGAUUUGCCUCACACCAGCCCGAGUCAAAGUCAUUUCCACCCAGAAAAGACACUGUAGGGCGAGUCGUUCACAUCUGCAACCUCCCUGAAGGCAGCUGCACAGAGAAUGAUGUCAUCAACCUCGGGCUACCAUUUGGCAAAGUCACCAACUACAUCCUGAUGCGCUCCACCCAUCAGGCGUUUCUGGAGAUGGCGUAUAUUGAAGCAGCUCAGGCCAUGGUUCAGUACUACCAACUUACCCCAGCUUCGAUUAAUGAUCAGAAACUUCUCAUACGAAUGUCAAAGAGGUACAAGGAGCUUCAGCUCAAGAAACCAGGUAAAGAUGUUCAGACGAUCAUCCAUGAUAUCACCUCUCAGAAGGAAAGGGAUGAGAUUCAAGAACUUGAGCAGUACAUGCCAGAGAGGCCGCGCUCCCGCAGCCCGAUCAGCCGCUCUCUGAGUCCUCAAUCCCACAGCCCCAGUUUUACAUCUUGCAGCUCAGCCCCCAGCCCUCAGGGGGCAGCCGGCAGGGGUCCGGAGAGAAGCAGUAAUGGCCUUGGGCCCUGCCGCGGCUCUUGGGAAUGGACAUCGCACAUAAGGAGGGGUGAAGACGAAAGGGAAAGGGAUGACCCAUGGAGGAAUGGGGGAAGCGUGGAUGAUGACAGGUCUAAUGGACGCGCGGCAGACCGUCGGAAGGCCUACCAGAAACCCAUGGAUCAUAUGAGCUCCAGAUCUUCAGAUGAGCGAGGAGGAGGUGGCGGAGGAGGUGGCGGAGGAGGUGAAGGGAUGAGGGGCAACAGAGACUGGCACUCACGAGGCAGCCCUCAAGGCGGGUCCUUCAACUCUUACAGGAACAUGGAGGACGACUUCUACAUGAAAGAACAGAUAUACAAGUCUGACAAGCCGCCCAGAGCUCCAUACCAAAGGCAUGACACAAAGUCAAAGAGGAGGGAUGGUGGUGACUACCACAGCAGGUCGAGGCAUAAUGAGUUUGAGAUGAGCGAGGAGACACUUUGCCGAUCCCCGGAAGAAAAGAGGCAUAGCUCCCCCGGCAGGAGCCACAGCAAAAAGACAAGUAGGAGGCACACUGCAGAAAAACACGAGAGAGAAAAUACUACUGAAAACACUGAUCGCCAGUUGAAAGAAAAAUCUGUUUCACCUCAGCAAAGCAGUAAACCCAAAGAGGCUGCUGUGGAAUCUAGUAAAGACAAAGACACUAAGAAGGAGUGGGAAAGUGGAGCUGACACUGAUGAGGAGUGUUGGUAUCCUAAGAACAUGGAGGAACUGGUCACUGUUGAUGAAGUGGGAGGAGAAGACGAUUCCAUUAUUGAACCAGACCUUCCUGAGUUGGAAGAAUAUGCAUCCUGCCCCAAAGAGACAGUGCAGGAAGACGCAGUAAUGCGGCACACGCCACAGCCAGCACCCACCCCUUCCUUGGAGGUGCAGGAGACGAACAAGAAGUCCAACCAGGAAAAGUCUUGCAUUGAUGCUGGAGACCAGGCAGACACACCUGUUACUGAGAAACUACAGAUUGUUUUAGCUGAAGUCGCUCCUGAAGAAGAGAAAGUCAGUCAAGUGGCUCCUGAACUGCUGGUUACUAACCUGAGUGACUUCCCCAGAGAGGAGUUCAAGGCCGCACCGGAGGAGAGGCAUUUAGAGGAUAAAGUAAUCAACAGUGAGCCUUUAGAAGAGCCAAUGGAAAAUCAUUUUACAGUGCUAGAGGACAGCAAGACUCAGGAAGUAGAACAGGUGAUGGAAACAAUCACCAACGGGGCACAACUCAAGGAUGGCAUUCUGAAAAAAGAGAUUGAGGCCUGUUCCCCGACUCCUGAGCAAGACAAAGCUGUCAGUGAACACAGCAUCCCUCUAGGAGUGGAGUUCAUUGUACCAAGAACGGGCUUCUACUGCAAACUGUGUGGAUUGUUCUAUACCAGUGAGGAGAAUGCAAAGACGAGUCACUGCCGCAGCACCGUGCACUACAGGAACCUACAGAAAUAUCUAUCCCAGCUGGCGGUGGAAAGUCUGUCAGACGCACUUUCUGGACCCACGGCUGCAAAGUGA